AUGGUGAGGUGUUACCUCUUUUGUUUACUAACUCUUGCACUGUGUUGUGCUUGUGGGUUAGUAUCGGCUGAUAGUCCUAAAGCUUCUGAUGUCCUUAUUAAACCUUCUACUAUUGGUGUUCCUUCUCUUGUUCGUCGUGCCGUUCCUGCGUUUAUUAUCUGUGCUGGUGAUGAUGAGGAUGAUGAUGAGUGUCACUAUAAGAAGGAAGAAGAUGAAGUUGAGGAUAACGAGGAUGGUGUUUCUCUAGUUGCGGGUGAAUUGGGUUCUUCAAGUGGCCAUUCUUCCACUGCUGCUGAGGUACCAGGAGCUGCUCCUGGUUCUAAGCAGCAGGGGUCAACAACUCCUGAACAGUUGAAAGAAAUACAGCAAGAGGGGCCCCACGAGAAACAUAUACAAGAGAAACAGGAACUGCUGGGAAAAGAAGAUAUUACCACACCAUCUCAUGUUUCAGGGAUAAAUGGUCAGGGUAAUGCCAGACCCCUUGAGGCAUCCCCUCCUGCACAGUCAAGUAAAGGAUCAGUAGGAAGAGAUGGAAAUACUGGAGAGACCCCAACAGUGUCUGAAGAACCAUCACUAAAUAGCGAACAUGCUGCUCAACAAGAAACUCCAUCGGGUGGACAACCACAGGAUGGCACAAACACUCACGUUACACCAAAUGAAGAGACCCCAAUCACUAGAGUAUCAGGUACUACUGAUGGUGAACAGACUUCUGCCAAUGCACCUCAGAAUACAUCUGAGGCAUCUUCGACCACUUCAGCCACACCGAUUGCUAGUGAAUCUGGAGAUGCACAGAAUGAAUCAACAAGUACCCAAGAAGGUACUGCAGAUAAUACAGUUACCACCACAACAACAACAACACUUCCUCCUGAACCUACAAACAACAAGAAGGGAGAUGCAGACAGCAGCAGUAUCAGCAGUUCUGUGUGGGUGCGUGUACCACUACUGAUUGUGGUUACACUGGCCUGUAUUCUUGUGUGCUGA